AUGGAACUUGGUGACUCAGAACUGCUGGAUAUCUUGCUGGAACCUUCAGAAGACAUAACCAUAAAGGCCUUCCCAGAGCUGGUAGGACACUCCUCAUUUGGAGAGCCAGAGCGAACUGGACUGCAAGAUCCAGGGCUGGGAGGCUGGAAACCCAGUGGGAGCAGCAGCUGUGUGAGUGUGAAGGCUGGACAGGAUGUGUGUGGAAAGGGGAGAAGAAAAUGGGGGUGGGUGACAUAUACCUCCCCUUCACUGUCGCAGGGCCUUCAGGAGAGUGAGCCUGACGAUUUCCUGAACCUACUCAUUGACCCCAAUGAAGUCUAUCAGUCCAGAGUUUCUCCAGGAAGUGACAGUGGUAUCUCAGAGGAAGCUGGACAUCCAGACAGCCCUCCAGCGUCUAUGGCUCUCAGUCCUCCUGCUCUCUAUGAGGUUGUCUAUGAGACUGGGGCCCUAGAAGGACUGCAGGGGGAAACUGACCAGACCAGCUCUGGACUCAUCUCUAUCCAGCUAGGUCAGUGGAGCCCCCCACUGCUUAUACCUGAUGCUUGCAUCAUCAGUGAUCCCCCACCUGGCCCUCCUGCCCAUCCAGAACCCAGAAUAGGUACAGGAGUCUUGGUGCCUCCUGAGACACUGCUGCACUGCCCAGCACUAUUCCUGACAGAUGAGGAGAAGCGACUAUUGGGACAAGAGGGGGUGUCUUUGCCCUACCACCUACCCCUCACUAAGGCAGAGGAAAGAGUCCUUAAGAAGGUUCGGAGGAAAAUCAGGAAUAAACAGUCUGCUCAGGACAGCCGGAGACGCAAGAAAGAAUACAUAGAUGGUCUGGAGACGAGGGUAGCUGCCUGUUCUGUGCAGAAUCAGCAGCUACAGAAGAAGCUGCAGGAGUUGGAGAGACACAACAUCUCUUUGGUGGCCCAACUUCAACAGCUGCAGGCACUCAUUGCUCAGACCUCUAACAAAGCUGCCCAGACCAGCACUUGUAUCCUGAUCCUCAUAUUCUCCUUAACCCUCAUCAUCCUUCCCAGCUUCAGCCCCUUUCACAGGGAACAGCCAACUCUGUCUGACACUUAUAAGCCUAGUGGAGUGAUCUCCAGAAACAUCUUGACUCACAGGGAUGUGCCAGACAGCUUGAGAACCCUGGUAUCACAGUCUGGAGAUAGGGGUGCCAAUGGUUCCUCAGGGGGAAUACCUGAGGAGAGUGGGAACCAGCCAGGCCACCACCAGGAAAGAGGCAGAGCUGUGCAGCAUGCUGAUGAGAUGUAAAUAUGAUUUGAAAAAAGGAUAAAGGACCUAGGAGGCCACCACAAAAAUCAUUCAAUUCCUUGAAGUGAGAUAACCCUAACCUUCCCUCCCCCCAUUAAACCCCCCUUCACACCCUAUGGUCAGGUUGGAGUAGAAACAGAGGUCAUACUCUUCCUCUAUUCCCUAAAAGGGUCAGUAACUUAUUCCCCCUUCAAAUACACAAAUAAGGUAAAGGGUUAGAACCCCUACAAGUGGAGCAACUUGUGGACUGGGAAGGUAUACUGCUUUAAAAUAAAUGUGUACAUUAAGUUUUAACUAGUUUCAUGAAUCUCUUAGUAAUGUGUGUUCAGAUGAACUCACAUAAUCUCCAAC